GGUAAAGAGAGGAUAUAGAGAAGAGGUGUUAAAAAAUACAUAAAACAUGUCAGAUAAAGAGGUUACAGUCUUUGUUAUUGAUCUAGGAAAACAGAUGAAAAAAUGUGAAAAAAACAGGAACCAGAGCAAUCAUGAAUGGGUACUUGAAUAUUUCUGGAGCAGGAUAUCAUCAAAAGUGCUUUCAGGACGAAAAACGGAUUAUGUAGGAGUAGUUGGGUUUAAAACAGAUGAUACAAAUAAUGACAUGGAAGAUGAUAAAUUUUAUGAAAAUAUUUCAGUUUUAUGUUCAAUCCAACAAAUUACGAUAAAAGAGAUAAAAGAGCUAAAAAAGCAGUUAAUUCCAAGUAAUACGGAUGUUGGAGAUGCCAUUUCAGCAGUGAUUAUUGGGAUUGAUUUAAUAUCAAACUAUUGCAGAAAUCUUAAGUAUAUUAAGAAUCUUGUAUUGAUUACAAAUGGGGAAUCAGAUAUGAAUUUUUCAGAUCUGGAAAAAAUAGCAUAUCAAAUUAAAUAUAUGUGUAUAAACUUUUCAAUCAUUGGAAUUGAUUUUGACACUAAGGAAUAUAAAGAAGUUUCUAAAAAUAUCAUAAAAUUAAAUAAUGAAAAAAAUCUUUUAAAGUUCUCAAAUAUCUCUAAUGGAACUUUUUCUUCAAUGACGGAGGCUAUGAAUUCUCUUAAUAUACCCAGCAUUAGAAAAGUUCGUCCAGUAUCAUUAUUUUCUGGGAUUUUAAGCAUAGGUUAUUCUCAAAAUUAUUCAAAUGUUAUUGAAAUUAUGAUUCAAAGAUAUCCUCGUACUAGAUUAGCAAAGAAACCUGCUGCACAUAGAUACAAUGUUUCAGAAACAAUACAAAAGUCUACAGAUCAUAGUAAAAAAUCAAUAGAAACAUCUAUUAAUUCAAGUGAUGAUGAUAAAGAUGAAUGUUUCAAUGAAAUAAUAAUGACAAAGAGUUACAAAAUAAAAGAAGAUGAUGAGGAAAUAGAAAUAUUUAAAGAAGAUCUUGAAUUAGGAUAUAUUUAUGGAAAAACGAUAAUUCCUAUUAGUAUUAUGGAAGAAGAAGAAUUGGUAUACAAAGAAGAUACAGGAUUGACAAUAUUAGGAUUUAUAAAAAAUAAAUCAUUUCCUCGCUUUAUUAUCUUAGGAGAAGCAAAUAUAAUUGUUCCAGCUAAAGCAAAUUUAAAUGCAAAAAUCUCAUUGUCUUCUUUAGUACAUGCAAUGUUAAAAACUAACACCUUAGCACUAGCAAGGUUUGUAACAAAAACAAAUAAGUUUCCAGAAAUGAUUAUAAUGGCUCCAUCUAUUGAAGAUAACUUUGAAUGUUUAAUUGAGCUUACAAUACCUUUUUCUGAAGAUUGCAAAAAUUUCAAAUUUCCAUCUAUAAAAAAAGAUAAUACAUCCUCUAAUAAAAAUAAUUCUUCUAUGGAUAAUUCUAUGGAUCAUAUAGAUUCUUUAAUGGAAAGUUUUGUUAAAAAAAUGGACUUAUCAAAUAAAACACAAAACAAUAAUAUUGGAAAACAAAUCUUCUCUCAAUCAAUACAUAUUUAUAAUAUAGCUUCUUAUCGUCUUAGUCAAGCGAUAUCGUCAGCUGCUAUAUAUCCUGACUUAGAAUUGGAAAAAAUAUUACCUGAUAUUAAACAAUUUAUGUAUCCAUCUGAUGAUCUUUUAAAAAAUACUCAAAAAGAAAUAGAAGCUCUUUCAAAGCUUUUCAAUAUCAAAAAACCUAUUCUAAAUACUUGUGAUUCAACUAUAUCAUAAACGAACUCGAUAUUUCAAUUGAUAAUUCAUGCAAUUAAUAAA